CGCGCCAGCCGCUGUGGAGUCGUCCGGCUGCACGGCGCGGCGUUUGCUUUUCGAGACCGAAGUGAGUCAGUCAGUCAAGCGUCGACCAUCGUUGCGAUCGGACGCAAGUUUUCUCCUCCAUCGUUUCUUUUAACAAUCGUCCUUUCGUUCUACUCGUUAUGAAUUCUUCGACGACCAUCGACGGGAUCGAUCGAUCGUGACCAACGUAGAACGAAUUCCAUUGUCGAUAUUCGAUGGGGUUUGAUCGCGGUUCAUGUUGAUCGUGUUCUCAUCAUCCGCGAUUCUAUCUGCUCGAGUCUCGACCGUCGAGGAAAAGAGUGCGUGAUAAAAGAAAGAUCUUUUAAAAAUGUUGUCGCGGGACUUGUUGACUUUUGCUACGAUGGUGUCCAGUCUGACAGUGGUCAUCGGUGCUUCCGUGGAUCUUGAUUCCGGCGACUACGAGGUGCUGGCCGAUAACGAGGGAAAAUCCGAUGACAAUGAUUCCCCUUUCGUUCAAGAAGUAAGGUGUUAUUGCAAUCAACCGGAAUGCGUGCCUCAAGGAUACAUGUGCCGUGGCAGGGGUUGCUUCACCGAGCUACCAUCCAACACAAAUCCAUCGCUGUUGAGAGCAGAGCACAGCACAUACAGCGGUUGUCUCGACGAAAGCUUCAAGGAACGACAGUGUCCCGCGGGAUAUCUUUGUUGCGAGCAGGAUCUCUGCAACCACGUGGAUAGUCCAGCCAUGAGGAACAGGCUCAACAAGACUCUUCAAGUGUUGGCGGGUGACCAACGACCUUUCCUCGGCCCGGUGCAGCCGAUCAAUCACGGGGGUCAGUCAACGGACGGCUGGUUCAAGACUGCCACGAUCGCUGUACCGAUUUGCGGUCUAAUCGUUCUGCUGAUAUUAGCCAGCCUCGCUAUUAGAUUACUUCAGCCAGUGCCGACGCAGGCAGACAAGCUUGGACCGCAUCGGAUGCCCGAUAAUGGGCCGCCAUUAUUAGGACCACCGAAAGUGCCUCUCGUUUAAUAUAUCUCGCAAUCCAAAGACGUUUUGAUAAAGUGUUCUAGCCGCGGAUAGACGUUUCUUUUAGUAAGACUAUCUUCUAGGGAAAAAAAAAAGCUAGCGGGCUUACGUAGCUCCACUUGGCUGUGAAUUUUGUGAAAGAGCGACUGCUGUAAAUUAUAACAAUGCGUGUUGUGCAUCGAUUGCUGUUAAAUCGAGCGACGAUAUCGAAGAAUUAAAAAAAUAUAUAUAUAUAGUAUAUAUUAUCGUCGUGAGAUUGAAGAGAGUGAGAAAAGGGCCAAUAGAACAGGACCUUUGUACAUGACGUUAAUAUGCGAAGAAACAAAAAAAUGGAACGCAUGAUAUCGCCUUUAUUGUAGCAUUGUAAAUAGAGUAUGUAUUUUCUAUGGUAUUUAGAUGGUAAUCGCUUAUUUAGACGGCGUGUUUGCACGAUGUGUAUCGUCGAUCCUCGAUGUUCAAAAAGACGAAAAUCUAAUGGGAGAAGAUCCAAUGUAACAAUAUAAUCUCAUUCAAGGAUACACGUAUAAUCUUAGUGUAUCCUGCAAUAAGAAUAAUCGUUUACCUAUCGAGGGAGAAUACCGAUGAAACUGAACGAAGAACAAUAAAAGUCUGAUAUCUA